UAAAGUUCUUACAAAGCGGAAGCGGAAGUGAAGGAUGCAUGCUAAUGAAAGUUAGCAUUGUCGAUGCAACCGUGGCUCCCAGACUUGGUGACUUGCUUAUAGUGAAUUAACCGUGUUCGUAUAAUAGUCACGUGUAUUUGUGUGACUGUUUUAAUGCGCUAAAGCAGGUAAAGUGAAUGUGUUUCGUUAACCAGCGUCAAUUACGGAGCUAGCAUUAGCUUAGCUUCAUCGUUAGCUUAGCUUUACCUUAGUUUAGUUGUCGCUACUGCUUUGUUGACGCCUGGCUACAGAAAAGGUGGUGAAGCUGCAUCAUGGCGGACCCUGCACGAAUCAAAACCGAGGACAAGUCCGCGAGGAAAGCCUCAGAGGAUCAUCCCAAAUCAGAAGAAUCCGAAGAUGCAAAAGCCAAAUCAUCCCAUGAAAGCAAGGAGUCGUCCUCGCAGGAUCCGUCCAAUCAGGAAGUGAAAGCUGAAACAGCAGCUGGAGAAGAUGAGGAGGAAGGAACCUCCGGUGAGUCUGCGGCCAAAAGACUGAAGGUGGAACCAGAGAAGAAGAAGGAGAAACGUCUCAAGGUUGAUGAAGACGAAAUACAGAAGAUGCAGGUUCUGGUGUCGUCCUUUUCUGAGGAGCAGCUGAAUCGCUAUGAGAUGUACAGACGUUCGGCCUUCCCCAAGGCCGCUAUUAAGAGGCUGAUCCAGUCAAUAACAGGAUCCUCAGUGUCUCAGAACGUAGUGAUCGCCAUGUCUGGUAUUUCAAAGGUUUUCGCCGGGGAAAUUGUUGAGGAAGCGUUGGAUGUUUGUGAGAAGUGGGGAGAAACACCACCUCUACAGCCCAAACAUAUGAGGGAAGCUGUGAGGAGGUUGAAGAGCAGAGAUCAGAUUCCCAACACCAAGUUUAAGAACAUUGUCUUUCACUGAGGCACCAGAGUUUUACAUCGUUUGGGGAUCAUGGAGACGGAAAUCGGCUGUGAUUAAAACGUUGGACCGUCACAUGUCAAAGUCCUGUCCUGGAACAUUUCAAUGAUCCUGGAGCCGACCAGAGGCUGAUCAUUCUCCAGCUCAGUGUUGACUGCAGCACUGAACAAUAAGCAGAAGAGUUAACCUGCCAUUCACCUCUUGUUGUCAAAGCUUAAUGUUACAUUUAGAUUUGAUAAAAUUCUAAUCAUGUAUUAUGGUUGUAAAUACAGUUUUAUACUUGAAAACCAGUAAUGUUUUGUUUUGGUGCCGUAGUUAUUUUUAUGAUUCAGUGAACUUUGGACACAUGACUUCUCAUUAGUGGUGAACCUUGUCCCUCCUGUUCUUUUCCAACCUGUGAGAGCCAGGAGGCGACUCAAACAUUUGCUUUCUGUGGUGAGGCAAGUUGCAGUGUGGUUUUCAACCUGUGAUAUUUGCAUAACAUUGCUUAUGUCUGCUCUUAUUGAGAGGAAGUGGUUUGGAUGGGAGACAAUGGAAUAUUUUUUCCAGAUUUAAAGGAAAAGUAUUUCUCAUCUUGGUUUGUUAUUGGUUGCCAAAUAAAUCAGAUGUUCAGGUUUUAUUUGGAAAUAUGUGACACAAACUUAUCACUAGUAAAAUUACUAAUGACACUUGGAACAGACCAUGUUUUGUACAUCGAUUAAAUCAGACACAACUGAGAAGUGUUCAGCAAUU